CACACACAGACAGAACACAAGUGACAGAACAACAAGACGAAGAAGAAGAAGAAGAUGAUGCCCAGAUGCUCUGUUCAAUCGAAUGAUGUUCAGCUCUUCCAGAGCUUAACUGGGCUUCAACAGCUUGCCGAAACCCACCGUUUCAAGGCCUGGUUCUUAGAUCAGUUUGGAGUCCUCCAUGACGGGAAGCAGCCUUAUCCUGGUGCAAUCACAACAUUAAAAAACCUAGCAAGUACUGGUGCAAAAAUGGUAAUUAUAAGUAAUUCCUCAAGACGCUCGUCUACAACCAUGGAGAAAUUGAGAAGCCUUGGGUUUGAUCCUUCUCUAUUUGUCGGAGCCAUCACGAGUGGAGAAUUAACACAUCAGAACUUGCAAAGGAGAGAUGAUGCUUGGUUUGCAGCACUGGGAAAAUCUUGCAUUCAUAUGACUUGGAGUGCUCGUGGUGCCAUAUCUCUUGAGGGCCUGGGAUUACAAGUUGUGGAGAAUGUUCAGGAUGCUGAAUUUAUUUUGGUCCAUGGUACCGAGGCCUUAGGGCUUCCUUCUGGUGAUGCGCUUCCCAUGAAACUUGAGGAACUGGAAAGUAUAUUGGAACAAUGUGCUGCUAAACACAUCCCUAUGGUGGUAGCCAAUCCAGAUUUUGUGACUGUCGAGGCUAGAGCCUUGCGUGUAAUGCCUGGGACUCUGGCUGCCAGGUAUGAAAAGCUGGGGGGUGAAGUGAAAUGGAUGGGCAAGCCUGAUAAGGUCAUCUACAAAUCAGCAAUGGCGUUAGCUGGUGUAGACCCUGUUGAUUCUAUAGCAGUGGGUGAUUCUCUUCACCAUGACAUUAAGGGUGCAAAUGCAGCUAUAAUCCAAUCAGUUUUUAUCACAGCUGGGAUCCAUGCAACUGAACUUGGACUCAGUAGUUUUGGAGACAUUGCGGAUAUAUCUUCUGUGCAAGCUCUUGCUUCCAAAUACGAUGCUUACCCAUCAUACGUGUUACCUGCGUUUACAUGGUAGAACAGAAUAACGUUGUAAAGAUUUGCUUUCUUCCAACAACUGCAAGGAAGAUGACUAGUUAUUAUUUGGAAUUGGAGCAAACUUAUAUUUUAGCUACCAUUGUUUGAGACCUUAUACCAUUGGAGUUUGUAAUCUUGCUUUAACGAAUGAAUGAAGAUCAAUUAGGAGUUUACCCGCUUAAA